AUGGAAGGAUGCAAGAUCCACUCGGACCCGGAGACGGUGACUGACAAGUGUGGCCAGUGCUCCGAGUGUCUGAUUACCAUCCACCAACGUUGGUUUUGCAAGAUACCUAUUCAGAUGCUUUAUACUUCGUUUGGAGGCUGUAAUGAGCUAGAGAUGACAUGUCGGACAUUUCGAGGGUUGGAGAUUUGCAUGAUGUCAGAGCCAGUGCAACAUGCGGUUAUGAUCGUCUCGGAGGUUCAUCAACCCUUUGGAAACAGCAGCAGACUCUUUACCCCAUACCCGCCGUACCCCAGAUGGUACCAUGAUAGCUAA